AUGCCCAUGAAGGACUCUGAAUUGUUGGGCGAGUCUAGAAAUUUAGCAGAGAAAAGACUUAAUCAGGUUUGGGAACGAUUGGGUCGGGACUCGAAUUUACAACGAUUGUAUUCUGAAUUCAUGCAAGAAUACAAGGAUUUAAAACAUAUGGAACUAGCUGAGGGAUCUGAAUCCAUAACUGAUUCGUACUACCUGCCUCACCAUGGGGUUUACAGACCAGACAAAAGUAGUACACGUUUAAGAGUGGUUUUUAACGCCUCAACUGCCACGACAUCGGGAUUGUCAUUAAACGAUAUUUUGUUGAAGGGAAGAAUUCCACAGCAGGAAUUAUUUUCUAUAAUGGUUAGAUUUAGAAAACAUCGCUACGCCUUCACAGCAGAUGUACAAAAAAUGUAUCGACAGAUUCUAGUCCAUCCUCCACAAAGAGACUUGCUCAGAAUUCUAUGGAAGGACAGUGUUGAUGCACCAGUGCAAACUUAUAAGCUCAACACAGUAACGUAUGGGACGUCAAACGCUCCCUAUCUAGCAACUCGAGCUCUUAAACAGUUAGCUAUAGAUGAAAGCCAAAACUUACCUCUAGCAUCGUCCGUCGCUCUUACUGACUUCUAUGUCGACGACAUACUUUCCGGAGAAUCAUCACUCGAAAAGGCUAGAAUUCUACAAUCCCAAUUAAUAGAUUUGUUGAAAUUAGGUAAAAUGGAAUUGCAUAAAUGGCGUGCAAAUCAUCCAGAUCUGCUUGUGUCUGAAAAUAAGGUUACCGCUCAUUCAGAAUACACUUUUGAAGAGCAACAAGAAUCUUCAUCGUCCGUAAAAACUCUUGGUGUCCUAUGGAAUCCUCAGACUGACUGUUUUUUGUUUGCAAUGACCAUUCCUCACUCUAACAGUUAUAGUAAACGAGAUGUUCUGUCACUAAUUUCGAAAAUGUUCGAUCCACUUGGUUUAAUUGGGCCAGUGGUCACAAAGGCCAAAAUAUUCAUGCAAAGGCUCUGGCUUGCUAAACUCGAUUGGAAUGACACAUUGCCAGAUUCUAUGGCCAAGGAGUGGAUUAAUUUCGUAUCCACGCUCUCUGAACUAAGUAAUCUUAAGAUUCCUAGAUUUGUAUUCCAGGAAAAUCACAUAGUGCUCCAUGGAUUUGCAGAUGCGUCAUCUUCGGCAUACGGAGCUGCAAUCUAUGUUCAAGCUUUGCCAGUUUCGGGAUUGCCAACCGUUCGACUUUUGUGUAGCAAGUCACGAGUUGCACCUAUAAAAACCUUAUCAAUUCCUAGAUUGGAACUGUCAGGUUGCCUUCUAUUAUCCAGAUUGAUGGAUAAAGUGAUAUCUUCGUUGAAUGUUAAAGUAGAAAAAGUAAUUCUUUGGUCUGAUUCUACGAUUUCUCUUGCUUGGAUUAGAAAAUCACCACACUUACUAAAAACUUUCGUGAGUAACAGAGUCGCUUUAAUACAAGAGCUUACGGGGUCAUACCAAUGGAAAUAUGUGCCAUCUGAAUGUAACCCAGCUGAUGUCAUAUCGCGUGGACUGGAUGCCAAUGACAUUCUUACGUGUGAUAUCUGGUGGAAUGGACCAGACCUUCUCCGUGAGGACAUGCAUUAUCCAGAACAACCUCUUGAGCCUACCACUGAUAAUGACUAUGUCAAGGAACUGAAAUGUUCUUCAGAAUCAUUAAGAAUAAGGAAAGGGUUUCAGGGCCUAUAUCCUUAG